CUCCUCCUCCCUCCCUCCCCACGGCCGCCCGCCCACCAUGCCCUUCUUCAAAAAUGUCUUCACCUCCAAGGACAAGCAAAAGUCCGCAAAGUCGGCGCCCGAGCCCGCUGCGCCCCCCAAGCCUCGCUGGGAGGAGUCGUGGACGCGCAAAGAGGUGGCGCCCGACGAGAUCCAAGAGCUCGUCCACGUCUGCACACAGGAGAUGAAGUCGCGGGCUCUCGACAUGCCCUUCAUGCUGCUGCCCUUUCGCCCCACCUCCGACACCAGUGCCUCGCGCAACUUUAUCCGCAACUUCUUCAAGGCCGACUAUGAGGGCACGGGUGCCUACUCGGGCGAGCAGCUGGCCCAGGAAUUGCGUCUGAUGGCGCCCUUGACGCUUUGCAGUAUCAUCAAAUGGUGCUGGAGCAGGCUUCCCGGCGGCGUGGUGACCUGGGACGCAUACGAACUUUUUCGAAUUGGCGAGUCAGAUUCAAACUUUGCCCGACAUGCUUUCGACACUUUUAUCCCCCUCAGCGUAGAGUCUGAAGCACGCAAAACCAUAAUAUUCGACUUUUUCGACCUGCUGUCGGCCGUGGCAGCGCGGGGCAAGAGCAAUGGCAUGGGCGGAAGAAAACUCUCCCGCUUGGCAGGAUGGUGGGCAUUCGAGUUCCACGAGGACAACAAGGGCUUCGAUGGCGGCUACCGCACAUGGGAGAAAGCCGCAGACGCCGCAAGCCAUCUCUUCUUUGCCUACCUACGGUCGCUUGCACCAGACACAAACGUAGUCGGUGGCAUCUCUGCUCUGCCGCGAUCCCUCCAGGCGCUCGUCGCCCAGACCGAGUACCCACCACAGGCGCCCACGCUGAUGCAGACGCGCACGACCAAGGUGGUCAUGAUUGUGGAUUCGGUUUCGCCUACACCCUUCGCCUUGCUUCGCCGCGCAAAACACUUCGAGUACCGAGACGAAGACCGGGCGCUGCAGAAGUUUUCUGAAUACGAAGACACGGUCAAGGCUCUAACGGAUGAAUGCCGCAGAGUGCUCGAGUGUAUUGCAAAUGCGAACCAGUCGGCCAUGCCAACGCUGACGGACCCCUCGACGCCCGACCCCUCGUGGUCCCGCUUUGAAGAUUUUGGAUUUGGAGGCAUCCUGGACGAUCCCAGCGCUGCGAAUGGAACUUCGCUAGGUGGCAAUUCAAGCGACUUUUCUAGCUUUGGGUCGAAUACCCGCUCCAAGAACGCCGACUUUGCUCGCCCUACCACGCCUUCGUGGGCAGACUUUCUGUCUUCGGGCUUCGCAGACGAAAACAACCAGUCUCCACCGACUACCCUCUUGCUGCCAACCCAGAAGCUCCCGCCUCUAGGAGAGCAUCGUGUGCAUAGCUCGCAAUCACACGUGCGCAACGGCCUCAAAGAAGACGACCUAGAUCCGGGCGAGUUGGCAAGCAUCACCAAGUUUGAGCUCGACGAAACUUUUUGGUGGGUGUGGAUGAUUAGUCUUGCUUCCGAAGAGACUGCCGACCGCAAAGCUGCGUUUGGUAGAUGCACGCUAAUUGAGACGCGCAUCCAAGGCGCCAAGUGGCUGGUCAUGGAGGAGCAGGUCAAGGGCGCAUCGCCUGGUCCUGAAGAAGGUGCGUACAUUGUGGAGAAGAAAUCCAAAUUCAGCUUCACAAAACGCGGACGCCUGGGCCGACGCAAGUCAACUGGGAAGAAGCCGUCGGACAAGGAGCCCUACAGCCGCACUGCUACCGGGACCCCCAUGAGCAAGACGAGUAUCGGACCGGACCAGCACGCGAGGAUACAGGCUGCGGCCGCAAAGCUGGCUCAAGGUGAGAAACAGGAAAAGAAAGCCAAGGAGCUUGCCCAACGCCGAGGACGCAAUGAUGAUGCGACAUCCAUCAAGACCAACAGUGUACUUACGCUGCAGCCCCACUUGGUCAACGAAGCUGGUCCAGCCAUGAAAUGGGACAAGAAGUUUGGCGAGGCUGCGCUCGAUCGCGACCAGCUGCGCGCUCAGUAUCUAGGUGACACCAGUGCUGGUAAGGGAUCUAAGAGCAACCUUACGGUAGCUGGUAAUGGCCGCGCUUCCCCAAUGCCCUCGGUCCUUUCGAACCGCGAACUACCUCCUCUGCCAAAGUCAGAAAAGGAUCCCGAAGAGUCCGUUACGCCAGUGCCUUGGCCCACCGACUCGCCUACACAGUCACCACGCCAUCCACCCAAGCCGGCAUUCCCUCCAGAAUCGACUCUCUCUCCUGAGGAAACGCCCCUGCCCGAAGACAAGUCUGCCAAGUCAUCUGUAAUUCCCAAGGAGCAUCCUGCUAUGAGGAAACCAGUAGCGGCAUCUCAGCCCAAGCCUCGUAUGAGUGAAGACCAAGGUAUGGGGCCUGGAAAGAAGCCCUCGCCAACCAAGCUCAAGAAGAAGGAAGGAGGGUUCAGGAAGUUAUUUGGAAGGAAGAAGACAGACACACCAGGCUCCACACAGCCUGGGGACGACUCGUACUUGGCAUCAGCAGAUAACUCCCGCAGCGUUUCUCGGGUUGAAAACCACCAACCUAGCGCACGAGAGCCCUCUCCCACGUACACGGAUGAGCAGCAUGAGCCGGGUCGAGCCCCAUCGCCAAAGUAUGAUCCUAGUCCUGUCGAGUCCACUACGGGUGUGGUAGAACCUAGCCACGCCGGUGCAUCUGUGACUACGGCCAGUCUGGCGACUCAGGAAGAGGCUGACAAUGCCUUUUCUCGAUUCGACCAAGGCCCACUCGAGGAUGUACCUGCUUUCGUUCCCGAGGAUAGUGAUGACGAAGCCGCGGCCGCCCCAUCUAUUUCUCGACGACCAGUUGGACAGGUAGCCCCCAAGACACCAACUCAACACGAGGCAGAUGACAUCUCGGAGGAAUCAGUCGAGUUUGCGAAGCAGCAGUCACCAUCCAAUGAUCGAUGGGCACAGAUCAGGAAGAAUGCUGCCGAGCGUGCAGCCAGAUUGAGUGAGGAGCAGGUUCGACGUAGCCGUAGUCAGAGCCAGAGCCAGCGCACUGAUGAAGGCGAGACAAGCGGCGAAGAGACGAUUGAGAGCCGUGUUGCGCGCAUCAAGGCACGUGUCGCUGAGCUUACUGGCAACACUGAAGGCCAGGCUCCCGUAGCCGCACCUGGUGCCGGAAGACAGUGGUAGAUUGAGUGCAGUGAUUCCAUGCAGCAUCACGAACCCCGUCUGUUUUCUCAGCGUACAACGAGCUCGAUACCCUUUUUUCCUAUUUCCGACUUUUCGUCUUGCUCCUCUUUUAUGACAAUCGACAUAAAGCUGUUUUUAUUUUCCUUUUUCUCCCACAGUUAAUACCCGUCAGCGUACCAACAUACUGCAUCCACCUGACAUUAGCUCUUAUUUUCGUUUUUUUUUCUAAAUCUUGAUUUGGCGUCUUUUUUUCCUGUACUUUCUUCACUUUUUUUUCCUUC